AUGGGAAAUUGUAUAAAAAAAGAGUCUUCCAUGCAAUGGGGAGGCGAAGAUUGGGGCUCUCCGGCAUCGGAAACACUCUUUUCUGGCGAAAAAUCAUAUAAUAAAGCCACCAACAUAGAAGAGAAGUCUGGAACUCCGGCAUCGGUGAAGGAGGUGAAGAUCAAGAUUACAAAGAAACAGUUGGAGGAGUUACUGGGUAAGAUGGACGUGCAGGGAUUGUCUGUGCAACAGAUGCUAUCCCAGUUGUUGAUGAACGGUAGUGAUCGGUUUGAGACUCAUCAACGGUCGUGGAGACCUGCUCUGAAGAGUAUUCCUGAGGUGAAUUGA